UGAUCGCGGCACGCGGUCUUGACGCUGCGCUGCGGCAGCGUCAGUCCGCUCCGGGUCGUGUCGUCUCUCAGUUCUUCGCUGCGGCGGAGAAAUAAGAUGCGGAGCAGCGGCAGAACCGCGGCUCGUGAUCCGGGUCAGUCCAGAACCAGAGCCGGGCUCGCUGAAGCGUCCGGCACGGCACGGCUCGGCUCUCAGACGGUAUGACCGCAGCGGCAACGCCGGCGGAGCGGAGCGCGACAGAGAACGAGUCCCGCCGCUGAAGCGGUUUAGCCGCGCAGCUAACGACGCGAUGACCGCGGAGGGAAGCGGCACGAUCCGCAGCCGGAUCAAGAACCUGCUGCGGUCCCCGUCAAUCAAACUGAGGAGGCGGGGCGGAGCCGCGCGCCACAAGGAGGACCCGAGCGACAAGGUGACCUUGGAGAAGGUUCUGGGCAUCACGGCUCCAGGGAACCGAGCUCUGGCCUGCGACCCCCGAUCUGGACUGUUGGCCUAUCCUGCAGGGUGUGUUGUCGUCCUGCUGAAUCCUCGGAAGAACAAACAGCAUCACAUCUUCAACAGCUCCAGGAAGGCGAUCACCACGUUGGCGUUUUCUCCAGAUGGAAGAUUCAUGGUCACUGGAGAGAGCGGCCACAUGCCAGCGGUCCGGGUGUGGGAGGUGUCGGAGCGUCAGCAGGUCUCAGAGCUGCAGGAACAUAAAUACGGAGUUUCAUGUGUUGCGUUUUCUCCAAAUGGAAAAUACAUUGUGAGUGUUGGAUAUCAACACGACAUGAUGGUCAACGUCUGGAACUGGAAGAAAAACGUUGUCGUUGCUGCAAAUAAAGUUUCCAGUAAAGUGACGGCUGUCUCCUUCUCCGACGACAGCGCCUAUUUUGUUACCGCUGGCAACCGCCAUGUAAAGUUCUGGUACCUGGACCACGCCAAGACAUCCAAGGUGAAUGCCACCGUGCCUCUGCUGGGGCGUUCAGGGCUGCUGGGAGAACUCAGGAACAACUUCUUCAGUGACGUGGCGUGUGGGCGGGGCCGACAGGCGUCCUCCACCUUCUGCAUUACGUCCUCCGGUCUGCUGGUCGAGUUCAAUGACCGGCGACUCCUCGACAAGUGGGUGGAGCUGCGGAAAGCCGACUCUGCCUUAACGACCCAGGCCACCUGUCUGUCUGUCACAGACGAGUUGAUCUUCUGUGGUUGUUCUGACGGGACGGUUCGAGCCUUCAGCCCCGUCAACCUGCACUUCCUCUGCACUCUGCCCCGCCCACACUGUCUCGGAGUGGACGUCUCCAGCAUGACGGACGCCAGUCAGCUGUUCUCCUGCAGGUCAGAGGUCAGGUACCCGGACACGGUGGCGGUGACCUACGACCCAACAAACCGCUGGUUGUCCUGCGUUUACAACGACCAUAGUGUUUAUGUCUGGGACGUCCGGGACCUCAAGGACCCUCGGAGGGCGGGAAAACUCUACUCCGCCCUCUACCACUCGUCCUGUGUGUGGAGUCUGGAGGUCAGAGUGUGUGUGUCCCCAGAGGGGGGAGGGGAAGUGGGAGGGGGGGGGGCGUGUCUUCCCCCCAGCUCCUUCCUGUCCUGCUCCUCAGACAACACCAUCCGACUGUGGAACCUGGAUGGACACAACGUCCUCAAGAGGAACAUCCUGAGUCCCGUAGGACAACACGCACCUGACCUGCAGAAGGUCAUCUAUGUGGACGAUAACCUCACCAGCCUCUUGGAUACAGAGAGUGUCGCUGUCAAUGGCAACACAGAGAAGGCGGGGUCAUCGGGCUCAGAGGGGCAGCAAACGGACCAGUGCAGGGUGGGCAUUAGGACCCUGGGGGUCAGUCCUGAUGGACAACACCUGGCCUCUGGAGACCGCAUGGGGGUCCUCAGGAUCCAUGAUGUUCACAGUAUGGAGGAGAUCAUGAACGUUCAGGCUCACGACUCAGAGAUUCUCUGCCUUGAGUUUUCUAAACCAGAGACUGGUCUCCAGUUAUUGGCCACAGCGAGUCGUGACCGUCUGAUCCACGUCCUUGAUGCAGGACGUGAGUACAGUCUGGUCCAGACGUUGGACGAACACUCGUCCUCUAUCACCGCCGUAAGAUUCGCUGCCAAUGAGGGUAAAGUGAGGAUGAUCAGCUGUGGAGCUGACAAGAGCGUCUACUUCCGCACGGCUCAGCAGGUGGAAGGGGGGUUGGAGUUCACUCGGACUCAUCACAUCGUCAGGAAGACGACUCUGUACGACAUGGACGUCGACCCAACCAGGAAGUACGCUGCAGUGGGCUGUCAGGACCGCAGCAUUAGGAUCUUUAACAUCAGUAACGGGAAACAGAAGAAGUUGUAUAAAGGAUCUCAGGGAGAAGACGGGACGCUCAUCAAGGUGCAGAUCGACCCGUCCGGUCUCUACAUCGCCGCCUCCUGUUCAGAUAAGAACAUCAGUAUCUUUGACUUCUACUCUGGCGAGUGUGUCGCCUCCAUGUUCGGACAUUCUGAGGUGGUAACAGGUCUAAGGUUCAGCAGCGACUGCAGACACCUGAUCACCGUUUCUGGCGACAGCUGUAUCUUCGUGUGGCGUCUCAGCCCAGACUUGACCAUCAGGAUGAGGCAGCGACUCGCUGACCUGCGAGCUCUUGGCAGCAGCAACUACAACUCCCAGAAGCCUCAGCAGCGAGCGACGGAGCUCAGAAUCAGUGGCGAGGGGGCGUCGGCUCCUCGAGGAGUCGCCAUGUCGUCGGACAGCGACAAGGAGGACGAGGAGCAGGAGAAGCACAGUCCUUAUAUGGUCACAGCAGGAAGCAGGAGACAAGAGGAGACAGACGAGAGCGAUACGAAGUUCAACUCUCUGGACGACAGGAAGGAGGGGUCGGGGUCGGUGGGUCGACUCCCCCGCCGCCGCUGGUCCAGGAGGACGGGCGGCGCCGACAGUGUUCUGAUGGUGAAGUCCAUGUUGGACCUGAGGCAGCUGGACUCGUUCCGCCAUGACGGACCAGAGGAGCAGGGUUCAGAGGUCAGGUCAAACCAAACUCCAGAGACGAAGACCUGCCCCCUGGAUGAUAGCCCCUCCCACUGCAGCCUGAGAAAGAAUGAUCCGUGUGUGGAGGCGGGGCUUCAGAGGACCAAUCAGGUGCUGGGCAGCACCAUCAGUCUGCAGGUCACUGCCGCCUGGGACGAUGAGGCGAGGACCAAUCAGAGGCCGGACUUCAUCUUGCUGUCCAAUCACAGCCCAGACAGGGAGAAUCCAGUGCUUUAUCCUGACCAAUGGGAGGACAGAGUGAGCCUGGCAGGCAGUGAGUUCCAGGUGAAGGAGGCGUGUCCUGCGGCUGCAGAUGGACGACAGGACAAACCCAGUCCAGACAGCGGCUGCUCGCUGGGGUUCAGCUCCAGACUGUCGAGUCCAUACGGACCUGACGAGACGGAGCUUCUCAGUGUGGAUGGAAACUCGUCCGAGCCGGAGGUGGAGGAGGACGAGGACGGAGGAGCAGGAGUCGGAGUCUCUCAGCAGGUCCCUCAGACCCCAGACCAGGAAGCGUUCCUGAAGAAGCACUUCGUCACCCUGUCCGACCUCGCAGGCUCAGGGAGUCCGAGCAGAGCGUCUCACAGCUCUAGUGAGAGUCUCAGCAUCUCCUCCAGGUUCCUGUCCCAGUCUUCAUCUGGAAGUCGAGCCGUGGUUCCUCUCCCUACUCGGACCGGCGGGGAGGAAAAGGUCCAACCUCUGGUCUCUGAAGUCCGACCUCUGAUGGAACAGAAUCAGAACAGGACCAAGGACGGUGAGUUAUCACUGAACCAGGACCAGUCCUCCCCACUGCAGGACCAUAUCCAGUCUCAGAACGAGACCAACCAGGACCAAUCCCAGCCUCCUCAGGUCAAGAGCCGGAUCCAGCAGAGUGCGGAUCAGCUCCAGAACCAGGUUAAGGAGGAGGAGACCCCCUUGGCUGUGCAGGCCCAAUGGCCCUCCCCCCUGAAGAAAGAGUCCAAGAGGAACCUGGGCCUGACCGCCCGGGCUGCGGCCUCACAUCUGAACCCCACCUCUGGACUCCGGAAGGCCCAGUCAGUCCACAACCUGCUGAGCGACACAGGUGAUCCCUCUCUCUCAACCUCUCGUCCAUCUGGAGACGCCCCCCCUCAGCUGCUCCUCCCUCUUCAGCGUCCCACCACCCUCCCCUCCUCCCCCAGGCGGCCCCCAUCAUCCACAUCCUUACCCCAUCAGAGACCCAGCCCCGCCUCCCCCAGGUCCCCCAAGCAGGAAACAGCCGGCGCUCUGUGUGCGGCCACUGUACCGAGGAAGUCUUCCUCCUCCUCCUCCUCGGCCCCGUCGGCGUCGCGCUCUUACAUGAGCCCGACCACCAGCUCCAUGGCCAAGAUGUCUCGCUCCAUCUCCGUGGGCGACGGCCUCAACAUCCCUGAACCCAGCGAGGAUGCCAUGGUGACAUUAUCACUGUCCUCCUCGGAGGUCAAAGACACUCCACCUCCUCUAUUUGCCAUGGUGCCCUCAAACGCUGCUCUGGCCGCGCCCCCCCACGCUGCCGUCGUCCCUGUAGUUGCCUCCCCCUCUUCGUCUUCCUCUCUGGGUAACUAUGGUAACCAGACGGCCCCUCCCCCCCGCAGUCUCCAGGCACGGGUCCCCGGAAGCAGCAGGCCGCUCCCUGACAAACCCUCCCUCGCCUCCUUCUCGCCAUCAUCUAAGGCCCCCGGCUCCUCGUCAUCUACGUCUCGGCCUCUUCCGGUCUCCGUCUCCCCCUUGACGCCCCCCCGGCAGGAGGAGGAGCCUCAGACUCCUCCAGGCGUCAGUGCAGAGCAGAGGGACGACGCAGACCAGCCAAUUAGCGUGGAGAGAUGCAGGGCUCUGACCAAUGAGCUGAGGAGCUGCUUUCACAGAGCCACACACCUGUACAGGAUGGUGAGCGGCUCCUACACUGACUCCGCCCCCGACAGGCGUCAGAUGGCGGUCCUCCUAUCAGAGGCCUUCCAGGCCAUGAGGGCGGAGCUGGACUCCCUGCCGCUCAGCUCACCGAGCAUGCUGGGAGAACAAGGGGGGCUGGGCGGCGUGGGGGAGGUGAAGACGGCGGCUCUGCUCGAAGAGUAUUCUCUUCUGCUGCUGCAGGCGGUUCACAGGAGGAUCGACAGCAGCAGCUGAAGCUCCUCCUCCUCCUCCUCUUCCUCUUUGAUCUGACAGUGUCAGAGUUUUUACUCCUGAUGUCAAUGUGACACUGAUGUUUUUAACUGGUUGUUUUUUAGAAGCUGAACCUCAAGGAACUAUUCCUGUUGUUUGUUUGGAUGUCAUCAGUCUGAACGAUCAUUACGAUUUUUGAUUAUUGAUUAUUAAUUAUUGACUGUCGAUGUAGAAAGCGUAGAGACUGUUUGAACAAACUUUAUUGUUCUGUUGUUGGAUGUAGAUUUUCACCCGACAAUAUGCACGUCUUCCUAUUCCCGAUGUUAGUGAAACACUUCCUGUCUAUGGGGUUUUAAAUCUGGGGUCAGAGGUCAUAGUUCAGAGGUCAAAGUUCACAAUGUUUUUAAUGUUUUUGUCUAAAAUUAAUAAAAGUUUGAGGCUUCUA